UCCACCAUGUUCACACCACAAGUUACAUCAUUUCCUAGUAGACGUAAUUCGUCUUGAUCUGAGCGGAGUGUUGUCACUCUAAAGAUGCUGAGAAGAUGAUUUUUUGGAAGCAGAUAAGGAUGUAUUUUCGAUGGGGAGUGCUUCUGCUCAUGGUGAAUAAUGGAGUCCAGGCUUGGACAUACCAUUACAGCAAAGACAAACUGGAGUGGAACAUGGCUCGUCAAUGGUGCAGACAACAUUACACAGACUUGGUGGCCAUUCAGAACCAGGAAGAAGUCAGAUACCUUAAUCGGGAGUUGCCCAAAAUUAGCUCCUAUUACUGGAUUGGCCUAAGGAAAAUAGGUGACAAAUGGACAUGGGUGGACAGUAUGAAGCCACUGACGGCUGAGGCAGCAAGUUGGGCUACAGGAGAACCCAACGACCAAGGAACUAACGAGGACUGUGUGGAGAUCUACGUCAAAAGAGACAAGGAUUCUGGCAAGUGGAAUGAUGACAAGUGCAGCAAAGCGAAAGCAGCGCUCUGUUACAAAGCCUCGUGCUUUGAGAGGUCCUGCAGCAAGCAUGCCGAAUGUGUGGAAAACAUUGGAAGCUACACAUGCAAGUGUGAUCCAGGGUUCACUGGAGCUCGUUGUGAAGCUGUAGACUGUGGCCUGGUUACAAAUCCAGAGCAGGGAUUUGUUGAGUGUCGCCAUGUUCAUGGAGACUUUCGUUUCAAUUCAUCCUGUAAUUUCCACUGUGCCCAUGGUUACAAGUUACAGGGUUCCAAACAUCUCCACUGCUUGUCUACAGGGAAGUGGGAUAGUAAGCCUCCAAAAUGCCAUGUUAUUGAAUGUCCUCCAAUUACGACCAGAACCAGUGGGUGGAAUAUAACAUGCCUUCAUCCUCUGCACACAAACAGCUACAACUCUACGUGUGUGUUCAGCUGUGAAGAGGGCUUUGAGCUGAGAGGAUCACACACAACCCUUUGUGAUCACACUGGACAGUGGAUACACAACACUCCCAACUGCACAGCUGUGACCUGUGACCAGCUUCUGACCCCUGGAAAUGCUCACAUGAAAUGUACUGAUCCACAUGGCAAGUUCUCGUUCCGUUCCUCCUGUAAUGUAACCUGUGAAGAAGGAUACACACUGAGAGGAGAGAACACGCUCACCUGCCUCAAGAACGGCAGCUGGUCAGCAGAAACACCAACAUGUGAAGUUGUGAAGUGCAGCGAUCUCAACUCUGCUCCGUAUGGCUCCAUGCGUUGUACGGACCCCUUGGAAAAAUAUGCUUACGGCUCCAUUUGUCGUUUUGAGUGUGACGUCGGGUUUCUGCUGACGGGUUCAAACCAGACCCUCUGUAACUCACAGGGGAAGUGGACUCACAGUCUUCCAGUGUGUCAAGCGGUACAGUGUGGUCCCCUGUCUAUUCACUCCACUGAUGUGAGAAGGAACUGCACUCAUCCCCUCUCCACCAACAGCUACACCUCCACCUGUGUGUUUUACUGUGAUGAGGGCUUUGAGCUCAUAGGUUCCAAUAAAACUCAGUGUGACCACAGAGGACAGUGGUCACCCAAAAACCCCACUUGCCAAGCUGUGACCUGUGACCAGCUUCUGACCCCUGGAAAUGCUGACAUGAAAUGUACUGAUCCAUAUGGCAACUUCUCGUUCCGUUCCUCCUGUAAUGUAACCUGUGAAGAAGGAUACACACUGAGAGGAGAGAACACGCUCACCUGCCUCAAGAACGGCAGCUGGUCAGCAGAAACACCAACAUGUGAAGUUGUGAAGUGCAGCGAUCUCAACUCUGCUCCGUAUGGCUCCAUGCGUUGUACGGACCCCUUGGAAAAAUAUGCUUACGGCUCCAUUUGUCGUUUUGAGUGUGACAUCGGGUUUCUGUUGACGGGUUCAAACCAGACCCUCUGUAACUCACAGGGGAAGUGGACUCACAGUCUUCCAGUGUGUCAAGCUGUGUCCUGUGACCAGCUUCUGACCCCUGGAAAUGCUGACAUGAAAUGUACUGAUCCAUAUGGCAACUUCUCGUUCCGUUCCUCCUGUAAUGUAACCUGUGAAGAAGGAUACACACUGAGAGGAGAGAACACGCUCACCUGCCUCAAGAACGGCAGCUGGUCAGCAGAAACACCAACAUGUGAAGUUGUGAAGUGCAGCGAUCUCAACUCUGCUCCGUAUGGCUCCAUGCGUUGUACGGACCCCUUGGAAAAAUAUGCUUACGGCUCCAUUUGUCGUUUUGAGUGUGACAUCGGGUUUCUGUUGACGGGUUCAAACCAGACCCUCUGUAACUCACAGGGGAAGUGGACUCACAGUCUUCCAGUGUGUCAAGCGGUACAGUGUGGUCCUCUGUCUAUUCACUCCACUGAUGUGAGAAGGAACUGCACUCAUCCCCUCUCCACCAACAGCUACACCUCCACCUGUGUGUUUUACUGUGACGAGGGCUUUGAGCUCAAAGGUUCCAAUAAAACUCAGUGUGACCACAGAGGACAGUGGUCACCCAAAAUCCCCACUUGCCAAGCUGUGACCUGUGACCAGCUUGUGACCCCUGGAAACGCUCACAUGAAGUGUACCAAUCCACAUGGAAAGUUCUCGUUCCGUUCCUCCUGCAAUGUAACCUGUGAAGAAGGAUACACACUGAGAGGAGAGAACACGCUCACCUGCCUCAAGACCGGCAGCUGGUCAGCAGAAACACCAAUGUGUGAAGCUCGACAGUGCCCUCUACUGUCCAGUCCGGAGAAUGGCUGGAUGAACUGCUCUUACCCACAUUCCCUCUUCAGUUAUGGCUCACACUGUAGUUUAAAAUGUGAGAUUGGGCACGUGCUCAGAGGGGAGUCGAAUCUGAGUUGCACAGCAGCUGGAACCUGGAGUCAGACGGUACCUUCUUGUGAAGUUGUUCAGUGUGAAUCCAUCUUGCUGGUGCCAUUACAGCAAUCAGAUUCCACUCCUGUUCCCUUGAUGAACUGCUCACAUCCAAGAGGGAACUUCAGCUUCGGUUCGCAGUGUGUGUUCAGCUGUCCUGAAGGCUACAGGCUGAAUGGUACCACUGACCUGAUCUGUUCUGCUACUGGACUUUGGACUGAUCUGCUCCCUACCUGUAUCAUAAAGGACAUGCCAUUAGGUAAUGCUCUACUCGUGUAUAGCGCAAUAGGUGCAGCAGCAUCACUUGGCCUGCUGCUAAUAGGGGGAUUUGUCAUGCUGUUGGUGUGGAAGUAUAGUCAGGGUAAGCAUGCUCAAGAUUACCCUCUCUGGAAUGGAACUCUAAAUCCAGUUUUCGAAGAAAAUUAACAAUGUUGUUGAGGAGAUCUUUCCUAAGUACUUUCCUCAUCCUGUGGAUCUGAAAUAUGAAUAAAGGCGUCAUCUUUUGGAUUGGAGGUGCUGGUUUUUUAUUUUCAAGAAAUUGUGUCUUUUGCAUUUCCAUAAAUGUUAACAUGAUGAUACUGAAUUAGAUUUGAUAUUCUCAUUAAUGACUAGUGUGCAGCGACAUAUGCAUAAUUAUAAGGCAAGACAUUGUCUUUUAGUCAAUGAAAAAAAAAACCCUGAUUAUGUUUUUGUUCUUCCUCCUAUGCGCUUGGCAUCUCAAGUUUUUGGCUACGCUGCUGCGUAUAUGUGGAAUCGACUGUACUUCUCGAAAAUUUGCAACAGUGACUCUUUCUCUACUUUCAGAUCUUGUUUGAUAUUGUGUACGUACAGCUUAUUGGUUGUAUAGUUGAUGUUAAUUAUUUUGUGUUUUUAUUUUGUAUGUAAUGUGUCUAAGUGUCGUGUAAAGCGUCCCUAAAUAAAAUGUAUUAUUAUUAUUA